GUCAUUUCAUGUAUGUUUUAGUACACAAAUAAUGGAAGGACUUCCCAUGUUAACUUGUCUCAUACAACACACUUUAAAGAGUCUAUGCACUUGUUCUUCCUCAGAAUCUUCAGAUAACAUCUCUACCAAAUGGGUUUAUGCGGUUUUCUGGAGAAUCACGCCUAGAAUUUACCCUCCUCCCAAGUGGGACUUUGAAGGAAGUGUUCUUGAUCAAGCCAAAGGAAACAAACGAAACUGGAUUCUUAUAUGGGAAGACGGGUUUUGUGAUCUUGCUGAAUGUGAGCGAAUUGCAAAUGAUGGAUUCUUAAAGGGUAGUGUAAGAUUUGGAGCUGACAUCUUUUUCAAACUGUCUCAUGAGGUUUACAAUUAUGGAGAAGGAUUGAUAGGGAAGGUAGCUGCUGAAAAUAGUCACAAAUGGGUGUUUAACGAUGAAUCAGCUGAGAACGAUCCAAGCUAUACUUCUACAUGGAAUGCAUCCAUUGAUCCUCAACCAAAAGCUUGGGAUAUUCAUUUCAAUUCUGGGAUUAAGACAAUUGCAAUCAUAUCUGUGAAAGAAGGCCUCAUUCAACUAGGUUCUUUUGACAAGAUUUUGGAAGAUAUUAAUCUAGUUAUAAGCAUUCAGAGGAGAUUCAGCUAUUUGCGUAACAUUCCAGGGCUAUUAUCUAUUCAAAGGCCAGUCUCUAGUGCACAAAAUCUGCACAAUCCACUAAAACACAAAAGGCUAGUUGAUGGUGGAAGUCUCAUUGUAUCUAAUGAAGCUCAACAACUAAUAGGGCCAAAGGUCAACAAUCUAUGUGGAGAAAGUGAACAACGUCAAAAGGGUGGUCCGAGUUGGUUUUUUGGUUCGGGUUACAAUGGCCAAGAAAAUGGGAGGGGAGGGUCCAAUGGGCUACCAUUUUGGCCCAUUCCGCCUCUCUUGCCUUCCACCUUUGAAUCUCAUUUAGAAAAGUCAACUUGUUAUAGUAAUGAUUGUAUGCGGAUUCACAAUGAUGAGGUUGGCGAAUUUGUUAGAGAUAAGAGGUGUCGGGUCGAUGAUCAGGCUCAAGAAGAGAAGCCUAGAGAGUUUAAUCUGAACCCGGGGUUGGUUAUGGAAUUAGGAUUUGGGUCACAAGAAAGUGAUGUAAAAUCUUAAUUUGUUAAUAGGGACAAGAUUGCAUUUAAUUUGAUAUUUUUUUGAUUCA